UCUGUUCAGCCAUUAGCCAUUCCUUUCCCACAGUUUAAAGCAGCAAUUGGACAAGGCCAUCCAGGCCCACCCAGCAUAGCACUAACUCAUCACGACAACCACCAGCUGCAUGUACACACCUAACCUUGAGAAGCAGGAACAGAUAAGCACACACACAUAAUCUUCUUCUUAGCUGAACAUUGUGUGACAAAGAACGGCACGACGAGACCCAGAGGGAUGACGGACGGCCCAACAGGACCAAUCCGAGAAGACAACACCCCAACCCGGACCAACCAGAAGACCAGAACUUCUAGACUCAACCUACUUUCUGUACUGUAUAUAACAUACAUGCACUCUGUUAUCGGGGCUUCUUUUUGCUGGUUCAUCAUGAGCUAUCAGAAAGGCCCGUAAUUACGCUGUAUCAGAUAUCUUCACUCAUAAUUAAACUGUCGCUUGUUAUACAAUCUACUACUGUGUCCGAAUCAAUCCUUGACUGUCUCGCCCUCCUGCAUAUCCCUUAUCAACAGAAUCUUGGUAGCAGAGGAUGGUUUACUAACGAUCCAGUCGAAGUGGAGUUGAUCUGGGUGUGAGGGGGCGAGCUGGUGAAAGGACGGUUCUUGGAGGACAAGUGAAAACCAAUCGGGGAAGGACAACAAUUCUGCUCCACUCGGGAAACUGAUCUCCAGGUCGACCAUAAACAAGCUCUCUCCAAACAGAUACACAGAGUCCAUGAGGGGGAGCUGACAGGAGAUCCAGAGCAACCAAGGGUAAAGGUCGGAGACUGGGUAAGGAUCAAGGUCCACAAGAGAAAGUGGCAGGAUCCCAGGUGGACUGGACCGUACGAAGUGAAGGAGGUUACUUCACACUCAGUCCAGGUCAAAGGUAAAUCAGGGGCGCCUUGGCACCACUUGACUCAUUGUACACCAGCUUCGAUUCCCAAUAGAACACUGACAGAGGUCAGGGUCGACUUGAGCGACUUGAAUUCGGCUCCAAUACAACCCGAUUAGCAGGUGACGAUGUGGACCAGACUCCCAUCAGCAUCGGCUAAUAGGCCUCCUAGAGACAGGGGUUAUCCCUGGACUAGACUCGGCAUAUCUGGCCCCAUGUUUGUUAUUUUCCUCAUAGCCACAGGAAUCUCAAUGGGACUUCUCCUAUGGCUAUUAGAGCACCAUACACCUCCAUCAGGUACACGCUCAGGACAAAUUAACGUGUCGUCCAACUCCACCACACCCACAAGCAUACAUAUAUUCCAUAGGCGCAGCAUUCAGAGCGAAGAGACAGAGUGCACCUCAAAGCAGAUUAGAUCCACCACCCUAUGUGUACCCAUCAGUACUACCACCACUGUCACCCUGCCAUGGGGAACGUUGGGAAGCCCAGGUGGGGGAUAUGGUACCCACGCCCUUAGUUGGUCUAGGUCAGUGUGGUACAUGACAGAAGGGGGGUAUUAUAAAUGGUCGUGGAAGAAUUUAGUGGCAGAAACUGGUCCUGACUGGUCUAGCUGGACAGUGCAUCAGAUGGCACUCCUGUGGAGGAGAAGGUUGAUGUUAACUAAAGUUGAAACUGGUUUGAAAUUGGUAAUCAAACACAGGGAAGGUGGUACUGGGUGUACCCCUUUCUUAUUAGCACCAUGGGAAGAGCAAAGAGUAUAUUGGCAUCUAAAGAUAUGUGUUACUAACAUAACCACCCCCCUUGCAGUGCUCUCAGAGCGAGAAUCGGUAACCACAAAUGACCCCAGGUGGGGCCCUGUUACCAUGACCACUGCUCCUCCCAAAGUGGAUGAUGCUAUCCUGAUGGCCACAGGGGUCUCAGGUUUUAGUAAUAAUUGGCUGUUGUUGACCGAGGAAGCUGCAAAUAGCACCAGACAGAGUUGUGUGGUGUGUAUGGGAGCUCGUCCAUUGCUCUGCAUUGUCCCGGCGGUAGUGACCCUAACAUGCUUAAUCCCACUAAUGACUACAGAUAACCCCAGUUGUAAUUGUACUGCCUGGGAUGGUGUCUAUCCCAUAACUAAAUCCACCAUUAGGAAACCAUUGUUUUCCAACAAGGUUGCCAAGGCAAAUUUCACCUGUGUCAAUAUGACGGGAGGAGGAACCGAGGUGGGACAGGUUCCUGGGGACUGGUGUCUGGACACAAUUAACAUUGUUGGGAGUUUCAGGCCGAUAUCCCGAGCUGAUGUGUGGUGGUGGUGUGGUAAUACUGUCCUGUUUGAUAAAUUACCCUCCAAUACUACUGGAAGCUGUGCACUUGUUACUCUCCUGUUGCCUGUUUCUAUCUACCCUAUAGAGGCUGGAGACCUCGUCCUUAGGAUCCAGACGGUGACCCCUGGAAUUUGGAAGGGACGUUCCAGGCGGGCCACCACCCCAUCUAGUGGUGAUCCCACAUACAUAGACGCCAUUGGUGUCCCCAGGGGACUGCCAGAUAAGUAUAAAUUAGUUGACCAGGUUGCAGCCAGUUUUGAAUCUUCUAUAUGUUGGUGGUGUACCGUUAAUAAAAAUGUGGACCGCAUUAAUUACAUUCAUUAUAAUGUCCAAAAACUAGGGAAUUGGACUCAGCAAGGCUUCGAGGCGGUUCAUGGCCAGUUGGCAGCCACCAGCCUUAUGGCUUUCCAGAACCGCAUAGCCAUUGACAUGUUGAUUUCUGAGAAAGGAGGUGUUUGCACUAUGUUUGGUGAGCAAUGUUGUACUUUUAUCCUGAAUAAUACCGCCGCUGAUGGAAGCCUGACUGUGGCUUUGGAGGGUCUGCGUACACUUAAUGGGAAAAUGAAAUCUCACUCAGGUGUGGACACCUCGAUGUGGGAUUCCUGGAUGGAGGUUUUUGGUAAAUAUAAGGUUCUGGUUUCCUCCAUUUUGGUGUCUAUCUCUGUGUUCGCAGCCAUAUUGGUUCUGUGUGGAUGCUGUUGCAUUCCAUGUAUAAGAUCACUCACCACUAGGGUGAUCACUAGAGCUAUUGACCCAGUUACCCCUUCUCAGAUGUUCCCUCUUUUAGCUAACGAGCCUCCAGAGUUUGAGGAGGAUGAGGAGACUGCUUAUUGAACAUGGUUUUGUCACAUCUCUUUGGAGAUGUGAAGAGAGGGACUCACAACUUUUUCCUACUGGAAAAAGUUGCACCCAUUACCACCUUUGGUUCACGCCUCUUAGGAGUCGUGAAGAGAGGGAUUUGUGAAGCAUUAUAUCUGCUUGUUGACUUGUAUCAUAUCCAUAUUAAACUUGCUCUGCAUUGCACUCUGUUCAGCCAUUAGCCAUUCCUUUCCCACAGUUUAAAGCAGUAAUUGGACAAGCCAUCCAGGCCCACCCAGCAUAGCACUAACUCAUCACGACAACCACCAGCUGCAUGUACACACCUAACCUUGAGAAGCAGGAACAGAUAAGCACACACACAUAAUCUUCUUCUUAGCUGAACAUUGUGUGACAAAGAACGGCACAACGAGACCCAGAGGGAUGACGGACGGCCCAACAGGACCAAUCCGAGAAGACAACACCCCAACCCGGACCAACCAGAAGACCAGAACUUCUAGACUCAACCUACUUUCUGUACUGUAUAUAACAUACAUGCACUCUGUUAUCGGGGCUUCUUUUUGCUGGUUCAUCAUGAGCUAUCAGAAAGGCCCGUAAUUACGCUGUAUCAGAUAUCUUCACUCAUAAUUAAACUGUCGCUUGUUAUACAAUCUA